GGCGGCCCGAGAGCCGAAGGGUUAACGGGCCGCCACCAAGAGACGCGUCCUAGAGGGCCCAGGAAGUGGCUCGGCCCGGCUUCCGGCCCCGCGCUCCCGCUCUCCCGCGCCGAGGGCGCCCGCGGAUUCCGGCCGGCGGCGUGGAGACUGGCUGCGGGGCCCGGGGCGGGAGCUGAGGACGGCUCCGGCCGCGGGAAGCCGUAGGAGUGACUUACGCACGACUUACGUCCCCAGAAGCGCAGCCGUCCGCCAGCGCCAGGUCCGGGAUGGCCGGGGAGUCGAAGGCGAGCGCGACCUUGGAUGCCGGCACUGCGGAGGAGCGGCCGGGGUUGCUGACGGGCAUCCUGACCGUGAAGGUGGAGGAGGAGGAGGAGGACGUCCCCACGGCCGCGCCCGGCAGCCCGGCCCCCGGCCCCGAGCGCUCGCGCCGGCGCUUCCGGGGCUUCCGCUACCCUGAGGCCGAGGGGCCCCGCGAGGCGCUGCGCCGGCUCCGCGAGCUGUGCCGCCAGUGGCUGAGCCCGGAUAUACACAGCAAGGAGCAGAUCCUGGAGCUGCUGGUGCUGGAGCAGUUCCUGACCAUCCUGCCCGCCGAGCUCCAGGCCUGGGUGCGGGGACAGCACCCGGAGAGCGGGGACGAGGUGGUGGUGCUCCUGGAGCACUUGCAGAGACAGCUGGAGGCGCGGACACCGCAGGUCCCAGGUGGUGACCAGGGCCAAGAGCUUGUCUGUUGCGAGAUGGCAGCACUGACACCUUCCCGCGGAUCACGGAGUGCCCAGUUCCAGCCGGUGAGGGCUCUGCUCAAGCAUGAAUCUCUGGGAUCACGGGCCUUACCAGGCACAGUUCUCCAGGGUCCUGGGCUUGCCCCGGGAGGGCGCUGCAGAGGAGACGCAGUGGUGGCGGCCAGGCUGCCCCCAGAGCCCCAGGGCUUGCUGAAAACGGAAGACGUGGCCCUGGCUUUCUCCUCUGGCUGGGCGCAGCUGGAUUCCUCUCGGGGGAGCUUCCACGGAGACGAAGGGCGGGAGAACCCCGGCGGCCUGACCUCCCCGGGUGGUGAGACAGAGGCCGAGAUCCGGGCCCUGCCUGUGGACGAGGUCCGGCCAGUACAAGAGUCCGGGGGAAUGCCGCGCCCCCCGCGUGAAGACACUGCCCAGAUUCCUGAAGGCACCGAAGCUGGCGAACAGGAGGGCAGGUUCCCGAGAAAGCAGAAAACUGCCACGGGAAGUAGGAGGCACUACUGUCACGAAUGUGGAAAGAGUUUUGCUCAGAGUUCAGGCCUGACCAAACACAGGAGAAUCCACACCGGGGAGAAACCCUAUGAGUGUGAAGACUGUGGCAAGACCUUCAUCGGGAGCUCUGCCCUCGUCAUCCAUCAGAGAGUCCACACCGGGGAGAAGCCCUACGAGUGUGAGGAGUGUGGCAAGGUGUUCAGUCACAGCUCAAACCUCAUCAAACACCAGAGAACCCACACCGGGGAGAAGCCCUACGAGUGUGAGGAGUGUGGGAAAACCUUCAGCCAGAGUUGCAGCCUCCUUGAACAUCACAAAAUCCACACAGGGGAGAAGCCGUACCAGUGCAACACGUGUGGCAAAGCUUUCAGGCGGAAUUCACAUCUCCUCAGACACCAGAGGAUCCACGGCGAUAAAAACGUGCAGGAUCGUGAAUGUGCAGAGACCCGGGAGGGUCGGGGGAGGGUGGAAAGCCGGUGGGAAAGCGUUGAGGCUCCCGCGUCUUACACAUGUGACGAGUGUGACAGGAGUUUCACUCGGAGUAGAAGCCUUCUCGAACAUCAGAAAAUCCACACCGGUGAGAAACCCUAUCAGUGUGACACAUGUGGGAAAGGCUUCACCCGAACUUCAUACCUUGUUCAACACCGGAGGAGCCAUGUUGGAAAGAAAGUUCUAUCACAGUGAGCCACGUCGUACGUGCCAGAGUCGUUCAUUCCUCACAGAACGGGGCUGAGGCUUCACUGACCGCUACAUGCCAUCUUGGGUUAGAAGGCCGAGUCUGGAGGGAUGCAUGGUCUUCUACAUUCUAGAAGGUGGCUGGGAAACAGCUUGUUUGGUAGGAGGCUCUGGGAGAGCUGCCUGGAAGAGGUAGGACAUGAAAUGAUUGUUCUCACCUACUGGACUGAAAUGGGCCUCCAGACUGGCUAACCACCUCCAGCCAGCACUUGAUGACGUCUCCUGGCGAGAUGGCUCUGAUGUGGGGGCUGCUGCUCUGACCAUUUUGCCUAUAACGAAUGUUUCACCAGUUGGUCAGAUCUGUGCCAUAUUAUACUCCCCACUGUGCCUUGAGUGUAGGUGCUAUAAACGUUUAUUUAGUACACCAGUGAGGUGACCUCCAUAACUCUGAAAAUCUGACGUGGUCUAGAUUUCUGAGGACUUUCUAAGGCUAUUUGUGUUUGUGUCUAAUUCUCUGAGGUUCUAGAUUCUGGGUCAGUCUAAUGCAUUUAUUACCAAAUACAUAGGGUUGUCAGAUUUGGGGUGGGAGAAUCCAUAUUUCUUCACCAGCAUAGUAGUUGUAAGAAUGCCUUAAGCAGCUUCUAAUUAGAUUUGUGAGAUUGCUCCAUCCAUGUAACUCCAUUCUUUGGUCCGUAUUAUAUUUGUUCACAUUAAUUUUGCUCCUUUUAUGGGAUAAACCUUUCACGUUCUGGUAAAUAAAUGAGUUGAUCAAGUCAGAUCAAAAUGAUGAUGAAUUUUGAUAGAAAUCCUGUGAUGUUGAACAGCUUGUUUCUCACCUCGUAGUUAUCUUGGGCCUAACAAAGUGCUAAGACAGCAUCUGCAUGCCUCUCUCCCAAUUCAGAGCCAAGUUGCACCACAGCUUAUACCAGCUAAGCUUCCUCCAAGUUAGAGGAGUCAUGCCAGAUAUUUAUAACAAAUUUCACUCAUGUUUUCAGAACUGGUGUGUUGGUUGGGGAUAGGAAGAUAGGGUCAGAGGCAGCCAAUGAGGAUGGGAACCCAAGUGUAGACAGAGAAAAUGUAUCUGUUCAGAAUCACAUUGGGAAUCCUACUCCACAAUAUCCAAAGUAUCAACAUGUGAAGCCACAAUAAGAAUUUUGUGAUAUCUCUUGUUUUCACCCAAAUCACCUUCUACAGAGUUCUUCAGAGACUUAACAUCUUCCUGAUGCCACCAGCAUCCAGCUUUACCAAGCUGUGCCGAAAAUGGUUUCCAUUUCUCAUGGAUCUCAGACCAUGUUUUGUUGAGUCACCAACAUGGUAUUCUCUGGGUUCGUGCUCUGAAGCACCGCAAACUAACUAGAGACGCUGCAGACCGUGGGGCUCUCCCUGUACCACUUCUCUGAAGUCUUUCAUUGUCUUCAUUUCUGCUCAUUGGAGUCUAAUUUAGAACUUCUGUAGCUUUCCAAAAUUCCAUGGACUUUCUCCAUUUAAUCUGUUUUAGCCUUUUAAAAUUUCCUUAAAUUAACCUUUUGUUACUUUUGCAAAGCUAGCCAUUUCCUUUCCUCUAUUUUUUCUAAAUUUUUCCUAAUAGCCUUGAUCUUAAACACUGUUCAUUUUCCUUUGGUAUUUGUUUAUGUCAUGGAGAUAAAUGUAUGUGAAAGCUUUUGAUAAACUAGACAGCGUACAUGUGUAAGUCAUAGAGAUUGACAAGGGACCACUGUGCCUCCUUUCAUUCUUUCCGCUCCUUCCCAGCCUAAAAUAUUUUUCUGUGGAGGAGGACAUAUUGUAGAAAAAUACUUUCAAGUGCCUACUGUGUCCAAUAAUAAAUAAAGCACAUGCAUACAUAUAUACAUACCUAGGCUUAGGGUUUCAGUAUACUAAAGUUGAUAAGACAUGUACAUAAAUCAGUGCCGUGAGAAAUGCCUUGUGAAUGGUGAGCUGAAGGGUGUGGAAUCUCAGAGAGGAAAAGCUUUCUUCUGGCUGUGAGCUGUUAUUAUCACAUGGAUAGGGUAAUGUUUGACAGAGCUGGAAAGACUGAGUUUGUCAGAUUUAGUAAAUAGGGCAAGUUUAAAGUAGGUACAUUGUAGGGGUCUUCACUGCCAGAGCAAGGAGCUUAACUUUUAUUCAGUAAGUACCAGAGACCCACUGACGUGAUCAAAAUAUUAUCUGUCUGGCAGUAUUGUGUAAUUUCACCUGAAAAAAUUACCUUGUUGACAGUCUUUUGGACACCUUGCUUUUGUAUAAAGCAAAGGUAUGUUGAUAAAGUGAAUUAUAAAGUGGCUUCAACACUAGCCUAUUGAAAAAAGGUGGUCAGAAAAUUAUUUCUAGAUGAAAUUAGAUCCAGUAAAAUACGUUGCUUAGUUAAGCUAUAACCAAUAUUUAAGGUAGAAUAAAAUGCUACUUUUUGUGCUUUUUAAAAUUGUUUUUAUGAAUUUUAGUGUCGGUUGGUCAGCCAUUCUACUUAAUUCCUCCAUCUGCUGCAGUGCAGUCUUCCAUUUUCUUUUUUCUCCCUUUGCAUGAGUUAAGGGGCUGGUUAAGACAUAUUUUUUUCCACUUGGGUAGAAUGGUUAUUAUGAAAAGAGCUUUUGAUGAAUAGCCCUUCUAGACAUGUUCUUAAUUUUGCUAAAGCAUAUAACCCUAUGAAAUACUAUUUCUCUGCUUUCUCCUUUAGAAGGAAAAAAGGUGCAGCUUACCCACGGGGUUGUGAGGAUCACCUAUACAAACAAGUGCUCGGAGGUUGUAGUUCCGGGUGGUUCCAUAGGAGACUUUGAACUCACCUGUUCCCACACAUUGAGUCCAGCUACAAGGGAACAAUUUCCUCUUAAAAAACAAAGGCUGGCUGAGUGACAACUACACAUGGGCAAACCAGAAGAAAAACAUGUUGAAGCACAUAGAAGAGUCCGGGACAGAAUACCCUCAUAAAGCCCACUCCUGGCACAGUGACGUACAACUGGGAAGGAACUCAAAACCUGGAGCUUCUUUGUGAGGAGCACUGGGCUCAACUCACAUUAGGCAUAACAACUUUUAAGACAUACACUUGAGAGACAACUCCCCAAAACAUACAUCUGAAAUCCGACAAGGGCCUGUGUUCCAAGACCCACAAGACUAAAGUGAUCUGAGAAACUGCUCUUCUAGGACUCACGUGCUCAGACUCACCCAUUCGAGGGCCCAGAGGCAGCUGAUAGCACCCAGAUUGAAAGUGAAGGAGGCUCACUUGCUUAUAUUAAAACAUUGGCCACAGGGUCAAUCAUCUAACUCGAUACAUAUCUAGGAGCCUGCUGGAACAUUCCAGAGAGGGAAACAGGCACCAUCUUUGUAUUCUUCCUUAACUGUGCUUCAGAGCACAGUAUCUCUCAUAAGGGAGCUUUUACAUGCAUCUGGUAUCCUGAUUUUUGUGGCUGCCACUCAGGGGAUUCCUUUGGAUCACCUGUCUCUGGAGGCCAGGGAGCUUACAUUCCUGGUCUCAUGGGACUGUAAUAUUUGGUGUCACCCAAAAAGGAGCUCAUACCCAGUCUGGUGCCCCAAUUUGUAUGGCCACAAGAAGAAAGAAACAGAGAGGAACCACAAAAACAGCCAGAAAACAAUAAAAUGGCAAUAAGCAUAUACCUAUCCAUAAUUACCUUAAGUCCAUGUAAACGGACUAAAUUCUCCAAUCAAAAGACAUAGAGUGGCUGAACAGAUAAAAAGACAAUACCUAUCUGUAUACUGACCACAAGAUACUCACUAUAGAUGUAAGGACACACAAAACUGAAAGUUAAGGGAUGGAAAAACAUUUCAUGCAAAUGGAAAUCAAAAGAAAGUUGGAGUAGUUAUACUUCUAGCAGAUAAAAUAGACUUUACAACAAAGACUAAUAAGAGAUAAAGAGGGGCAUUACAUAAUGAUAAAAGGGUCAGUCCAACAAGAAGAGGUAACACUAAAUACUUAGGCAACCAGCAUACGAGCACCUAAGUAUAUAAAGCAAAUAUUAACAGGAAUAAAGGGAGAAAUAGUAGUGCAAUAAUAGUAGGGACUUAGAUUGAUGGACAGAUCAUCCAGACAGAAAAUAAGGAAACACCGACCUGAUAGGAAAUGUUAGACCAGACAGAGUUAACAUAUUUACAGAACAUUCCAUCCUAAGGCAACAGAGUACACAUUCUUCUGAAGAACACAUGGAAUAUUUUCCAAGAUAGAUCAUAUGUCACAAAACAAGUCUUAACAAAUUUAAAAUGACUGAAUCAUGUAUCUUCCAACCACACUAGUAUGAAACUAAUUACAUGAAGAAAACUGAAAAAUUCAUUAAUCUGUGGAGAUUAAACAACAUGCUACUGAACAACUAAUGGGUCAAGGAAGAAAUCAAAGGAAAUAUCAAAAGAUAGUUGAAACAAAUGAAAAUAGAAAUGUAACAUACUAUAAUUGAGGUAAUGCAGCAAAAAGCAGUUCCAAGAAGUUCAUAGUGAUAAGUGCCUACCUCAAAAAACAAAAAGUGUCAAACCAUCUAACUUUACACAUCAAGAAACUAGAAAAAGAACAAAUGAAGCCCAAAGUCAAUAGAGGAAAAUAAUAAAGAUUACAGCAGAAAUAAAUGAAAUAGAGACUAAAAAGAUAGAAAGAAAAUCAAUGAAACUAAAAGCUCUUUCUUUGAAAAGAUAAACUUGACAAACAUUUGGUUACACUUACCCAAAAAGAGAGAGAGGACUCAAAAAAUCAGAAAAUGAAAGAGAUGUUACAACUGAUACCACAGAUAUACAACGGAUCCUAAGAGACUGCUAUGAACAGUUAUAUGCCAACAACUUGGACAACCUAGAAGGAACGGGUAAAUUCCUAGAAACAUAUAACCUACCAAGACUGAAUCCUGAUGAAAUAGAAAAUCUGAACAAAACAGUUACUAUGAAGGAGAUUGAGUCAGUAAUCAAAAACUUCCCAACAAACUAAAAGUCCAAGACCAGAUGGCUUUACUGGUGAAUUCUACCAAAUAUUCAAAGAAGAAUAACAAUCUUAAAUUCUUCCAGAAAAGAAAAGGGGAAGGAAUUUCACACUCUUUUUAUCAAGUCAGCAUUACCCUAACAUCAAAACCAGACAAAGAUGGCAUAAUAAAAGAAAAUUACAGGCCAAUAUCCCUAUUGACUAUAAAUGCAAAAAUUCUCAAACAAAAUAUAAGCAAGCCAAAUUCGACAAUACAUAAACAGAAUUGUAUAUGUGAUCAAGUGGCAUUUAUUCCAGGGAUGCAUGGAUGGUUCAACAUCUGCAAAUUAGUUAACGUGAUACAUCACCACGUAACAUAACAAAAUGAAGGAGCAAAAUCAUAUGAUCAUCUCAAUAGAUGCAGAAAAAACAUCUGACAAAAUUUAACAUGUUUUACGAUAAAAACUCUCAAGGUGGGUGUAAAGGGAAUUUAACAUAAUGAAUUCCAUAUAUGAAAAGCCCACAGCAAACCUCCUACUCAAAAGUGAAAAGCUGGAAGCUUUCCCUCUAAGAUCAGGAACAAGACAAGACUGCCCACUCACCACUUUUAUUCAACAUAGUAUUGAAAGUCCUAUCCUAGCCAGAACAAUUAGGCAUGAAAAAGGGGGAAAAAAAGGCAUCCAAAUUGGAAACGAAGAAGUGAAACUGUCAUGAUUUACAGUAAUACAUGGAUAUACAUAGAAAGCACUAUACAUUU